AUGAACCACACCGAUUACGAAAGAGAAAUCCAGUUGGCAGUGGCUGCUGCUGUGGAAACCAUGGACACUGAUAGACUUCACCCACAGGUGCAGGAAACGUGUCGACAUAACGACAAGCUCCUCCCUCUCUCAGAGAAGGGCCUCGAUAUGUCACCACUCAGCGAAAAAUACACUGGAGGGUCUCAGGGAGACGUCAAUCUCCUAUUGUUGGCGAGCCAUUCUGCCCUUCGAUUGCAAAGAAACGCGCUCAUACAUAGUGUUAUAACGGAAAACCCACUACUGGUGGAUAAACACAGAUAUUUACAACGGAGAGAACUAGAAUCAAUUUAUGAAGAACUUGAGAAACGAGCCAGCGCAAGAAAGGGAGAGCUGACUGUUUUAGAAAAUGACCGCAAACAACAACUGGGGGAAUUUGCGCCUAUUAACAACUUCUUAACAAAUAGAUGGAAUGAAAAACUAAAUGAGAAAAUUCAGCAAGAAAUCGCCAAAAUUAAAUAG